AUCGUUGUAUUUCCUGAACGCACCCAGAGUAGCGUGAAAUUUAUACACAAUUUCUGGCGUGUGUUGAUCUAAAUAAGGGCCACGAUCCGAAGGGAAAAGUUUUAUACAUAAUCGUAACAUCAAAUUGUUUAUUUUGUUUGAAUUAACGAGAUAAAUAAAUUCUGUUCGACAUGGCGGAGGAAAUGCUGAGGGAAUUGGAAGCCGCGGCGCAAGUUAUUUUGGCGCCGCCAAAUCUAAUCACAUCAGAACAACGUCAGUCUGCGGAAACUGUAUUUAUAAAUUUUCGGAAAACAAAAUCACCGUAUCAAUUAUGUCAGCAAAUUUUAGAAUCAAGCACUGUAGAUUAUGUACUAUUUGAAACAGCUGGUUUAAUAAAAAUGGCUCUAGUCCAAGAGUGGUCCACUCUGCCAGAAUCUGACAUUUCAUCAUUGAGAUACUACUUGUUGCAUUACGUUAUGAGUAGACCUACAUUAGCACCAUAUGUCAAGGCAAGAAUACUCCAAGUUUUUGCAAUAAUAAUUAAGAGAGGCAGUGUAGAUGACUUUGGACAGGAGAGAAGUCGAAUUUUAGAUGAAAUAGAAAAUUUAAUAAAGGGUGGAGACUUAUCAAAUCAAAUUUUAGGCUGCAAUAUUUUAUCUGCAAUAUUGCAAGAAUAUGCAACGACUGCUAAAUCGUCUGAUAUAGGUUUAACAUGGGAAGUUCAUUUUAAGGAGAAGAAACAGUUCGAGCUAAGCGAUAUGAAAAAAAUUUUUAAAUUUUGUAUUGAAAUAUUUGGUGAAUUAAUCAAGAAGGAUUUUAAUGACUCGACAUUACCUGUCGUGAAACCUUUACUUUCCAUUGUGGAGAGUAUACUUACUUGGAGUUUUAUCUACGUAAAUUUACCUAAAAGAUUAUAUUAUAUGUGUGAAGUUAAUGAAUCUGGAAACAGUCCGCCAUUGAGAUUACAUAUACAAUGGCAGGAUAUAGUACUAGAUCCAGCAAUAUUAGAUCUAUUUUUUACAUUGUAUUGGAAAGUACGCAAUAAUCCACAACUAGCUCACCAUGCUAUGAACUGUUUGAUACAACUGGCAAGCUUACAUGGUAGAAUUUUAAACGGUGAACAAUUAAAAGUGCAAUAUCUGACAAAUUAUAUGCAGAGAUUUUUGAAACUUGUAUCGACCAUUGAGAUUAGUGAUCAAGAGGCAAAUGGAAUUACCAAUAUUAUAAGAAAAAUUAAUUAUUUCUUUCAAAGUUCACUGAAAUAUCUUCCCGAAGACAUGUUGAAAUCUUUUUUAGAACAAAUAACAAGAUUAACAUGUUUAUUUAUAGAAUGUGCUGCACAAGAAGAAUCGAUACAUACUGAUGAUUGCUUAUAUAUGGAAGCUAUGGAACACAUGUUUGAAAUAUGGCCAUGUGUGUUUUUAUCAGGUUGGGGAGCAUUUCCAAUAGAAUUUUGUAAGCAGAGCUCUAUUCAGAUAUUCGAUAUAUAUCUUCGAUGUCACUUAUCACCUCCUGAAGGUAUAAGAAAUAUCGGUAGCAAAAGUCUUAGCGAGGAAGUAGCAGAUGUGGAAGAUGAUGACAAAGUUAAAUAUAAGGAGCAGUUACAAAUAGUUGGAAAUUUUGGAAGACAAGUGCUGAGGCAUUCUUUACCUCUAUUAGUGCAAUUACUUGAAGAUCGAAUACAUAAGUUGCGUGAUAAUCUAAACAUAUUGGCUGGGCAAAAUGAAUCUUCAUCACGACCUGCAUCCAUGGAUGAGUUAUAUGAGGAUUUGCAUUGGCUUAUUUUAAUAAUAGGGCAUGUUUUUUGUAUGGAAGCGGAAGGUGAAACAGCAUUAAUACCUAUAGAAAUUACACGAUGCAGUAUGGAACAGUUUCGCGAGGGACAAGUCGAUAUAAAUCGUACAUUGGAAUUUUUAGUAUCUUCGCAAGAUAUUCAAUCGGAUAUAAGUAAUCCGACGGACUGUAUCGACCAAGUUAUUCGAUUAAUCACUGGCAUUUUUCGCUUAUGCACUAUUGAGAAAACUGCUAUAGGAAUACACUUGGAAAAUAUACUUAGUCCUGAAUUAAGUAAUACGAUAAUAUGGUUUUUACAAAGAUGGUCGCAGUGCUAUCUUUUGCCAACUGAAGACUAUUACACCGAAUUAAGCACUACGCUUUUGCAUGCUUUCGGUGUUGAUAGUCCCGGUGCGUUAUGGUCGAUGAAUUUUAUCUUGGAUAAAGUAAUUUGCAACCUUAAUGCUUUUAAAAGUGAACCAGCAUUAGUAAAGGAAACUAUAAAAUUGUUAAUAUCUCUUUGUAAUUCACGAAUGAGAGCCUGCUGCUUAUUAAAAUCUGAACAAUUUACUUAUAUUACUCAGUUGGCUAUGAAAACACAAUAUGAUUUUCCUCAAACCAUCAAAAGAGGUUUAAUGCAUGCAGUGGUGAAUGCUUGUAGCAUGCUACAAAAUUUAAGACCAAGUACGGACUAUAACCACUGGUUGCAAACUGUAGAAUCCUUGAAAAUCAGAUAUACACAAUUAAUUUCUAGUAAUAAUUUCAUGUCGUCCUACCACGAGGAACACAUUAAAGUUCAAGUCAUAGAUAUAUUGGAAUCUUGUAUAGGUGUGUUGCAAGGUACUGAAAGUGCGAUAGUAACGGUCGUGUAUCAACAUACUUAUCCUAUAUUAAAUGAAUUACCAAAAUUAUUAUCUUUGUAUCAUAAUUAUCAAGAUAUAGUGCAACUUAUUUUAGAACUAUUCAAUGAAUAUACGAAAAUUUUAUUUGAUUUAACAGAGCCUGAUCUUGUCUCUGUAUAUAAGACUUGUUUAAGAUUGUUGCAAACAUAUGCACGUUGCAACAGUCAUCGACUUACCAUAGAUUCGACUGCAGAAGAGGAUACUUUUCAGGAUAUUUUAUUAAUAAUGCGAUUAUUAACUAAUUUAUUAAUUAAAGAUAUAUUUAACUUAAAUCAUGCAGUAAAACAAUCGGCGAAUGAAUCUAUCGAUCCUGUUCUGUCCACUGACGUUUUUCUGUAUGGCUUAAAUAUAAUCAUGCCUUUGAUGACGAUGAAUUUGUUAAAAUUUCCGUCAUUAUGUUUACAGUAUUUCAAAAUGAUAGCAUUCGUAUGUGAUCUAUGUCCUGAUCACAUUUGCGACCUAUCUCCUAAACUGUUGCAGCAGCUCUUAGCGUCAGUAGAAUUAGGUUUAUAUUCAUUUGGCAAUGAAGUAGCUGCGCUUUGCUGUGAUACAAUUCAAGUUUUAGCCAAGCAUAUUUUUAAUGAAGUUAUACACGGACAUUCACGUAAAGAUAUAAUGGCUCCUUUCCUGAAUUUACUCAUAAGUCUCAUUUUGUCACAUCAAAUGGAUUCAGAUUUGAUACCAAGCGCCAGUAUGCCUCUGUACUAUCUCAUAUGUUGCUAUCAGGAUCAAUAUCAGCAACUUGUACAAAGCAUUGUGUCCACUCAGACGGAUCCACAGAUAGCACAAAGAUUAGCAAAUGCAUUCACUACGUUGACAGCGAAUAUAGAAUUAAACGCUGAACGUGAUCAAAGAAUAAAGUUCAAAGAUAACUUUGAAAAAUUUAUCGUAAACGUACAAGGAUUCUUAAUGGUUAAGUAAAGAUUAGAAAUUAAAAUGUAAAUACGCAAAAAUAAAGAAUUUAUUUAAACAAUAUAAAUUUAGAUAUUGAAGCUGAUUGAAAAAUUUCAAGAUCGUGUUUCCGUCGUACGUUUAACCAUGCGGUUAAUUUCCCGCUUAGAUAUUUUUCACGGCGCUUAGAUUUUUUUUUAACAAAUUUACUUAAUGUAUUUAUAGAAAAAUCAAAUUAAAUUCAGUUUUUUUUAAUUAGUGUAGACGAAUAUAUUGAUUAACUACGCAACGAGUUUUUAAUGUACGGAUGAUGUUUACGGAAAAAGGACAUAUAUUAAGCAUAUAAGCUUUUUAUUGACCGAUUUUAUUACACGUUACCACUUACAGUGAGCCUAGCGAAAUAUUCGAGUAACCAUAAUAUAAUAUUUAUAAUAAAUACUAGUUACAGCAUCGAUGCACGUUUCCGAUAGUAAAUGAUCGAAGGAAAACGUUUUGUAACGAAUGUUUAGUUUAUGAACGAAACACAUGGAACUUACAUACUUGGUACAGAUCGCAUCGUCGUUA